GCGGUCAGUGAAGUGGUUGGACGGCUCGGGGGAGGGUGUGCGAGGACUGUGUGUGUGCUGCUCGUGAUGUGCCACAGCGCAGCCCUCUGACCGAGUGUCACCACGGACGGCAGCUGCGCCUGGACUGAGAUGGCGUUCGCCGGAGCGCCCCGCUGUGUGGGGACUGAGAGGGACAUGUGGAGAACCUGCUGCAUCGUGCUGCUGACGCUCGUCACUGCUGUCAUCGGCGCCCCAUUAGACCCGGAGACCGUGAUGGCCCGCGCCGGUACCCGGCUGGCCCUGCCCUGUCCGGGCCGGUCUGCGGUGGGCGCCCCGCUGCUGGUCAGCUGGCUCUGCAGCGACUGUGGCCGCGGCCCCGGUCAGGUCACCGUGGCAGAGUACAGCCAGGACGGCACCGUCUCCCUCCUCAUGGACCCCAGCCGCGUGCAGCUGGUCCGCCACUCGUUCCAGCUGGUGCUCGACCCGACUAUGAUCAGCGACACGGGCACCUACGUGUGCAGGAUCAACAACGACCCCGCGCCCGACUUCAUCAAGGUUGUCGUGCAAGAUGUGCCUGACGCACCUGGCAAGCCGCUGGUAGGCGGGUUUACAUCGACGUCUGUCAACAUUUCCUGGGCACCGAGCAUCAACAGCCGACGGACGCCCGUGCACCACUACGUGGUCCAAGUAAAGGAAGGCGAGCAGGGCACCUGGGACCUGCUGGGCGGCAUCGUCACUCCCGACAACAGCACCGCCUUCACUGUCAGCGAGCUGAAACCGUUCACCGCCUACAGCUUCAGGGUGCUGGGCGUCAACGAUCUCGGCCAGGGGGUGCCCAGCAAUAGCUCCUACAUUAUCAAGACUCUGCGGCAACUGCCCGGGGAGCGGCCCGUGAUCGUCAGCGCGCACAACGUCAGCGCUGAGAGCAUCGAGCUGGCCUGGCUGCUGCCGGCCUCGCUGGAGGCCAUGAACGGCGAGUUUCUGGGGUACCAGCUGACCUACCGACCGGCGACCUCUGACCCGGCCGAGUGGACCGAGGCCGACCUCCACGGCACAGACGUCACGAGCUUCGCCAUUCAGGGCCUGGAGCCCUACACCGAGUAUGAAUUGCGGCUGCAGUACCGCAACAUGCUUGGCCUGGGCGAGCCAACCGUUGUCAAUGUUUGGACCGCCGAAGGAGAGCCCAGGAGCCCAGAGCGGCUAACAUCCAACGAAAUCGGUGACACCUGGGCGCAUAUCACCUGGUCCCGUCCCACCAAGCCGGGCGCCAAAAUCACCGGCUACCACGUCUACUACGAGACGGACGACAACAGCGACCGCAAGCAGGACGGCAGGCUGGUGGACAGGACGGACGACAUCAUCUCGUACAACCUGACCGGUCUGGCGCCGUACACCCGGUAUCGUGUCUGGGUGGUGGCCCAGUCCCGGCGCGGCGAAGGCCAGCGUUCCAGCCCGCUGGAAGUGCGCACGGACGUCUCCAAUCCGGGCACUCCGGCGAUCAGUAACAUCACGUGCAAGGGCGGCAGCUCUGUGUACGUCCACUGGAAGCGUCCGCGGCAGCUGCGCGGCGCUGUGGACUUCUACCUGGUGCAGUACCGCGCCGAACAGAGCAGGCAGUACGAGGAACUGGUCAUUCCGACCACCGUCGGACGUCAGGAGGAAACGAUGUUCCUGCCGAACCUGACUCUGAACACGAUGUACGAGGUGCGUGUGGUGGCCGGCACCAACUCGCUCUACCAGCCGCGGGUCACCUACCGCGGCCUGCCCUCGGAGUCGCACCACGUCUACGUCCAGCCCAACUGCGAGGCCAUCCAGCAGCAGCGUCUGCGCGGCGUCUGGCGCCUCAGUCCCGGGGUGGUGGCAGGAAUCGCCUGCGGCGCGGCGGCGCUGCUGCUCGCCACGCUGGCACUCGUCAUGUGGAAAAAAUAUUUCCAAGCUGCCUACAACCACCUCGACGAACAGAACAAGACUCCGUCGGUGAUCUCGACUGACUGGGAGAACGACUCUCCGGACGGCGGCGGAGGACCCGUCCCCGUCCACCUGUUCCCCAAACACGUGAGCCGACUGCACGCUGACGGCGACAUCGGCUUCAGCAAGGAGUACGAGGCCAUCCAGACGCAGACCCUGCUGGACGGGUACACCUCUGAGUUCAGCCAGCAGCCGGAGAACAAGGACAAGAACAGAUACCUCAACAUCGUUGCAUACGACCACACUCGGGUUCCCCUUCGGCCUCUGCCUGGUCAGCACCGAUGCGACUAUGUCAACGCCAACUUCAUCGACGGUUAUGAGAAGCCGCGCGCCUACAUCGGCACCCAGGGUCCGCUGCCGGACACCUACGGCACCUUCUGGCGCAUGGUCUGGGAACAGGAUGUGCAUAUCAUCGUCAUGAUCACCAACCUGAUGGAGAGGGGCAGGAAGAAGUGCGACAUGUACUGGCCUCAGGAGGGCUCCGAGACCCAUGGUGUCAUCAAGGUGACGGCUGCUGGGGAGGACGUCAUGGCGACCUACACCAUCCGCAAGUUCAAGCUGCAGCACAUGAAGGCAAAGAAACCACGAAGGUCUGCCACGAAGACGGUCUACCAGUAUCAUUACACCAACUGGCCCGACCAUGGCAUUCCUGAGAAUCCGCUGCCGAUCCUCAGCUUCGUCAGGAAGUCGGCGGCCGCUAAUCGGGACGGCGCGGGACCCAUCAUUGUUCACUGCAGUGCCGGUGUGGGUAGGACGGGCACCUACAUCGUCCUUGACUCCAUGAUGAGGAUGAUUCGAACUCGUGGCGAGCUGAACGUCUUCGGCUUCCUCAAGUACAUCCGGACGCAGCGCAACUUCUUGGUUCAGACCGAGGACCAGUACAUCUUUGUCCACGAUGCCCUGUUGGAGGCCAUCGAGAGUGGCGAAACGGAUAUCCAUCGUAGCUUCCUUAGCCGCUACCUGCACAACCUGCAGACCACCGAGCAGGACAUCUACCCCUGGUACAACCUCGACAGACAGUUCAAGCUGAUCACGUACGAUCAGGCGACUGACUACGACAUGACAUCAGCGCGGCACCCAGUCAACUACCGCAAGAACCGCAGCAUGGAGCUGCUGCCGGUCGAGUCGUACCGCGUCUGUCUGACUCCGAGGCCCGGCGUGGACGGCUCCGACUACAUCAACGCCUCCUGGCUGCUGGGCCACAGCAGGCUGCAGGAGUUCAUCGUGACGCAGCAUCCGCUGGUCGGCACCGUCUCCGCCUUCUGGCAGAUGGUCUGGGACCACAACGCGCAGACAGCUGUGCUGCUCAGCCCCGUGGACGAUCAGGAGUACUGCAUCUUCUGGCCUCUAGAGAGGGAGGAGAUUGCCUGUGAUCAGUUCCGGGUCCGGUUCACCUCAGAACGACAGCAGGGCCCGUUCGUCAUCAGGGACUUCACGCUGCAGUCGUUCACGGACGACUACGAGAUGCCGAUGCGGAUCAUCCAGUGCUCCGACUGGCCUCUCAACUGCUCCCCGAUCGGCCACGUAUUUGAUCUCAUCCAGCUGGUACAGCGCGAUCACCUCGAGUACCAGAACGGACCGUGCGUGGUGGUGGACCGGUUCGGCGGCACCGAGGCGGCCACCUUCUGCUGCCUGACCACGCUGAUGAAGCAGCUGGAGUACGAGUCGCACGCCGACGUGUACAUGUACGCGCGGCUGUACCACACGCGGCGGCCGGGCGUGUGGAGGAACCAGGACGACUACCUGUACCUGUACCGCACCAUAGAGUCGCUGGUGUCAGGUGCUUCCAGUCCACUGCCGCCGUCCCCGACGGACGCCACCGUGGCCGGGAUCCAGAACCACCUUCCUCUCCAGCAACAACAGCAGCAACAGCCGCCGCGGUCUCAGCAGCAGCUUCUGCACCAGUCCCAGAAGCUGCUGCACCAGUCUCAGUCAUCGCUCCACUCCCUUCAGCCUCAUCAGCUCCCGCACCAGCCAUCCCCUCAGCAGCCGCAGCAGCUGAAGCCGAUCCUGAAGAACUCCGCCGCCAGCCUCCAGCAGUACCACGCUCAGCAGGUCACCAGCGCCUACCCCGCCCGACACGCCAGCACGCCCCUAAAGGGAGCCAGCGACGACUACGUCCACCCCAGCCCCUCGCUCGCGCACCCCAACGGCCACAUCCCCGGCGGUCACGCCGCUGCGCACGGCAACGGUCGGCCGUACCGCAUCCCUCCCGAUGGUCGGGAGAGCACCGUGCUUGAUAUCGAGCACUACGUGAACGCGUGAGUGGAUGGGCCGUCUGCGCGUGUUACAGAGCCCGGCGCGGACCUGAACGUGGCGUGGCCGGACGUGGAGUGGACGUGAAGUGGUCGUGACGGGGACGUGAUGGGUACGUGAUGGGACUAUGACGUGCGUGUGAGGAGGGCGUCUUUGAUAGACUGCUGUGAUACCGCGGUGCGAUCUAUUGGUUGAUGGGAAAUGGAACUUUGUGCAAAAAAUAAUGACGAUGUUAUGUAACAAGGCACAUGUUGCGCUUUUGAGCGAUCGGUCACGUGACUGUUAUCGGUAGUGUGUUGGUUCUCCGACUGUGUUGUCAUGGCAACUGUACGCAGGAGCGGCCGUACCCUCGGUAUCGCCUGCUAUUGUGAUCUGACCAUGCUUUUCGCCACGUGAUGUAUGCUGGGCGAAAAGGCGAAUGGUGCUGCCGCGCUGAACGCUAAUAUCAACUAUCUGUCCAUUUAACUCGCGAUGCCUGAAAGUACAAAGUGGUCUUUUAGUUGUGAAGCUAGAUAUUGUGUAUUAUUAUUCAGUGCUGUGCUGUUUUGUAUAAACGUACGAUCACGAUUGUUUGCUUUAGUGUUAUGUAAUAAAUCGCUGAAAAUUAA